GCGGGUUACCGUUUAGCUACUAGCCUCUCUGUAAUGUAUAAGGGAAUUAAAUAAUGGGGAGCAUCGAAACUUUCGCGUCUUUGGAUCAUUUUAGUGCAUAUCUUCGACAGUAUGAAGAGGACACUAAAACAAAGUUCAUCGUUCUGAAGAGCGACCGAUCAUUUGGAAAAAGUGAUCAGACCGUGGAGAAACAGCUAAACUGGGAGGUGAAGACGGUCCCUUUCAACGGCAUACCUUUUAAGGUUAUUGGGAAAAAAACGUAUAUAUGUCACCAAGGAAGAGACAAGCAUGCCAAAGCAAAACAGAGACGCGAGGAGACAAAAGCACAAUGUCUCAAAGAGGACCAUUCAAGUGUUAAAACAAGACGUUUGAUGCAACCAACUAAAAAAAUGGGUUGUCCUGCAACCAUAUAUGUAUCUCAUAUUGUGAAAUUUCCAGAUUAUUUGAUAACUGAAGACAACCCUAACCAGAAACGUGACAAAUCAUCUGCCUUAAGAGAAGCUCUUAAAAAAGAUCCAUCGCAGGUGCGCUCGGAGGAAAUGUUUGCAGCCUGUUUCCCAAAUAUUAAGGAUCAUCAAAACCACCCAAUUGCUGUAAAGGCAACCACAGACAUUUUGAACAUCAUUCAAAAGAUAAAGACAGGGAACAGGACAUCCAGCACAGACCAUCUUAAUCUACAGGCCUUGGUAAACAAAUGGAACGAAGAGGGCUAUGCUAUUGAGUACAGACCCGCUCAGGAGAAGGGUGGUACCAUGUCGAAGUUGCUGCUGUGCAUGCAGAUGCCUUGGCAGAGGAGGCUUAUGUUGCUGUAUGGACAACAGAUCUGCUUACUGGAUGCAACCUAUCGAACAAGCAGAUAUUCAGUGCCGCUCUUCUUCUUGUGGGUGAGGACAAAUGUCAACUAUGCUGUUGUUGGAGUGUUUAUAACUCAGACUGACACUAAAGAGGACAUCGCAGAUGCCUUGAAAGUGUUUCAGAAUUGGAAUUCAGACUGGAAUCCCUCACACUUCAUGGUGGAUUUCCGUGAGGCAGAAAUUGGUGCUCUAGAAGAGGUGUUUAAGGGCUCUAAAGUGCUCCUUUCUGAUUUUCACCGAGAGAAGGAAUGGGUGGAGUGGACAAGAAUAAAGGACAAUGAUGUGACAUGCCAGAAAGAAGUUCUUACACUUCUGCGGGCCAUAGCAGAUGCUCAGACAAAAGAAGAGUUUCAGAACAGCACCGUUACCCUCAAACAACACCCUGUCUGGCAGACCAAUGAGAAGCUCAGAAGAUGGUUCUCCAGCAAAUGGCUUUCUCAAGCAGAGAGAUGGUUAAAAGUGUUCAAAAAUGAGAACCUUAAGUUGGUCCUCUACACAAAUAACGGGGUGGAAAGGCAAAAUGAAGCUUUGAAGCAUUCAUACCUGGAGGGGUAUAGAAACUGCAGCCUGAGCGAAACACUGAUCGUGAUAGUGAGAGACCUCCUGCCAAGAUCCUAUCAGAAGUAUGUUGAAUUGAAUGUCAAAUGCUCAAGUGGCUAUCGCAAAUACAGCGCAAAUGUGCCUUGUUAUCUAAGGGACAGGCCAAGAAUGAUCGCUCAACACAUCAUGGCGAGGCACCAAGAGUCCCUGCUUUUCAAUAUAAGUGACAUAACUUCUGCUGACAAGGCUGUCUUCAAUGUUAAAAGUCAGACUUCACAAGAAGAAUAUCAGGUGAACUUCGGAAGUGAUGAGCAGAUGCCCUCAUGCACAUGCCUGGACUGGCAGGAAAAUCUUCUCCCAUGCCAGCACUUUUGUGCUGUAUUAAACUUAGUUCCCGGCUGGAAUUGGGAGAACCUAAGCUCCAUGUACAGGCAGAACCCUUUCUUCACUCUGGAUGAAGUUUGCCUGGGACACUCCGGGACACUUCCUGUAACUUCCUCUGCUGAUCUUCAUUUAGCGAGGCAAAGAGCAGAGGUUCUGAAGAAGAAACGGAAUAAAAAGACUCCAGAGAAAGGCAGCUCUACUCAACCACCUGCUCUUCCCUCAGGCACCAUCCUAACCACCCCUAGUUUCCAAGCACAGAAACUGCAAAAGUGUGGUAGCUUGUUAAGGGAGAUAACUGAUCUGACAAGCCACUUACAAGAUGAGACUUUUCUCGAUUCAGUAAUUGAUCGCCUUACUGAUCUUUUAGAAGACGUGAGACACCACACUCCCCAUAACGACACUCUUGACCUUUCCUACACACCACCGUCCAAGAAAUGGUGUUCAGUUUCCACCAGGCAUCCAAAUCCACUUAGCACAGUCCCGAAGACAUUGUGCUAAGUGGUGCGAGCAAGUCCCUACAAGUGACAUUUGAACUACGUAGCACAUUACUUCCCUUAAAUGUCUUGAUUUCAGCCUGUUGUCAAACUUUAUAAGCAAGUUACUUUGUUACACAACAUCUCAAAUUGCUGUUUAUUUCCUUAAAAGAGCUUUAUAAAAUGUUAUUGUUCACUUAUUUGUAUGAUUGAUUAUUGUGGGCAAACCCAUCUCUACCAUUACUAGUGCUUGACAUGGACAUUUGUAUUAAAGACAUUGUUCAUUUUUGGGUGAACUUUCUCCCAUCAUUUACUUACCCUCAUGCCAUCCCAGAUGUGUAUGACUUUCUUCAGCAAAACACAAACAAAUGUUUUUAGAAGAAUAUCUCAGCUCUGUAGUUACAUAUAAUGCAUGUGAAUGGUGAUCAAACGUUUGUAGCUCCAAAAACAAAUAAAGGAAACAAAAGUAAUCCAUAUGACUCCUGUGUUUAAAUCUAUAUCUUCUGAAGCGAUAUAAUAGGUGUGGGUGAGAAACAAGAUUAAAAUCAAGUCCUUUUUUUUUUAUUUUUUACUCUUAAUCUCCACUUUUACAUCUGAAAGUCACAUGUGGUGCCGGUUUAGUUUCACUUUCACAUCUUAGUUAAAGUGGAGAUUUAGAGUAAAAAAGGACAAAUAUUGUUCCGUUUCUCACUGACACCUAUUAUAUCGCUUCAGAAAAUAUGGAUUUAUGUUUCCUUUAUGUGAUUUUUGGAGCUACAAAAGGUCUGAUCACCAUUUAUUUGCAUUGCCCCUGCCCCAUGUAGAAUAAAAUAGCUUACUGAUAUGAUUAGAGUCUUCAUCUCAUGUAAGCUGUCAUGAUUUUAUACAUAUGUUUUAAAAUAAACAUUCAUUGGAGUAAAAUUUAAUUGGUAAAAAAAAAUAACUGUGCACCUUUAAAAUCAAUACCUUUUGCACCAGGGCACUAACCAGAGUGCUGAGUGGUAGGACACAGUGAAGCUUAAGAUCUAAAAGACAAUAUGUGGCCAGUCUGAGCUUUUGAAAACAGUAGAGUCACUCAAACCAUAUAAUCCCUUGCCAUGUCAUCUCACAGUUCACUGAUAUUGAUCAAAGCUGCUUUUUAAAGAUACAAACAUUUUCCUCAUUUUGCAUCACCAGUCCCACGGGGGUAGAAAGGAAAAAUCUGUCAGAGCUAGGACUUGAACUCGGGUCUCAGGAGUCUCAACCCUUGAGCCACUGGAGGAUAGUGAACCCAAUAGUAAGACGCACUAAGAAGUUGAGGUGCAGAAGAUAUUUUAAUAAAAAGUUCAGGCAACAGAAAUCCACAGCUGGAGCAAAAAACAGCAAAAGUAAUCCUCAAACUAAACCAGUCCAAAAAUGGCAUUCCCCAAAUGCAUAAAAAAAAAAACACCAAAAAGUUAAAGCAAAAAAACUCCAGAGGAGAAAGUCCACAAGAAAUAAAACAGUGAAGGGGAAAAAUCCUAGGGCAGAGUUAAUCAAACGUUUUGAGUGAACACUUACUCGGUAUCUGGCUUCUGGACAACUAAACACCAAACAAAGAAACUAGGAGACAGAGUAACUUAAAUACAUGGGCUAAAUGACACACGUGAACUUAAUUACACUGAUUACAAAUAGAGACGCUAGGUAUAAGAGCACCAGGAGGAACUCUAGAGGCCAAAACAUAAACACAAGCAAAACACUGACAAAAUCGACAGAAACUUUUUAACUAAAAUUACAUUUAUCACUAAGUGUUUUGAAAUAAAUAAAUAAAUUAUGAGCCCAGAGUUGUAAAGCUUAAGUUUCAAACACAAAAAAAAACAAAAAAAGCACCAGAAAGCAGCAUGAUAUUCAAUGAUCUGAUUACAAGAAUUUAAAAUGUAAUUCAUCUCACUACUCUUUGAAUAAAAAAUGAAUAAUUCUGUGAACACUUUAGUUAAUAGUAUCGCUUCUGGUGAUCCAAAGGCCAUUUGCACCAA